AAUAAUGAGAAUGAUUUAGAAACAUUCACGCAAUAAAUGUUUUGUUUCUUCCUGACCCUCCAGAAGUCAGAGUGUGGUUCAGGCCAUGGAGGAGAGCUAUGAGGUGGACCUGGUCUACAUCACAGAGAGGAUCAUCUCCCUGUCUUUUCCCGCCGCGGCUGACGAGCGCAGCUACACCAACAACCUGAAGGAGGUGGCGACCAUGCUGAGGUCAAAGCACGCUCAACAUUAUCUGAUGCUGAACCUUAGCGAGCAGAGGAAUGAUUUGUCAAAGCUAAACCCCAAGGUUCUUGAGUUCGGCUGGCCAGAUCAUCACGCUCCAGCACUGGACAAGAUCUGCAGCAUGUGCAAGGCCAUCGACACGUGGCUCAGCGGAGACCAGCGCAAUGUGGUGGUCCUGCACAACAAGGGGAAUCGAGGGCGAACGGGCGUGGUGGUGGCUGCGUACAUGCAUUACAGCAACAUAUCUGCAAGUGCUGACCAGGCAUUGGAUAGGUUUGCCAUGAGGCGCUUUUAUGAGGACAAAGCACUUCCUGUGGGUCAGCCGUCACAGAUAAGAUACGUCCAGUACUUUAACGGCCUCCUGUCCGGACAUAUUAAAAUCAACAACAAGCCUCUCUUCUUGCAUCAUGUCAUCAUGCACGGCAUACCCAACUUUGAAUCCAAAGGAGGUUGCCGUCCUUUCCUGAAGAUCUACCAGGCAAUGCAACCAGUCUAUACAUCAGGAAUAUAUAAUGUGCAAGGAGACAGCAACACCAGUAUCUGUAUUACCAUUGAACCUGGACUGCUUCUGAAAGGAGAUAUUUUGUUGAAGUGUUACCACAAGAAGUACAGGAACUCGACCCGAGACGUGGUGUUCAGGGUGCAGUUUCACACUUGUGCUAUCCACGACCUCGGAGUGAUUUUUGGAAAGAACGAGCUUGAUGAAACCUUCAAAGAUGAGAGGUUCCCAGAAUAUGGGAAGGUGGAGUUCGUUUUCUCCUACGGACCUGAAAAAAUCAAAGGUCUUGGUCACCUGGAGAACGGUCCGAGCGUCUCUGUGGACUACAACACCCAGGAUCCUUUGAUCCGCUGGGACUCGUACGACGACUUCUAUCAGCACUGUGAAGGCCCAGGUGAAAUCGAGCAUGAUGUUGCUCACACUCAAGGUCCACUUGAUGGAAGUCUAUAUGCUCAAGUCUGCAAGAAAGACUCCUUGGAGGGAGGUGUCACCAUCAAUGGCCUCCCAGCCCGUGAAAACCCCUUGAAGAAUACCGAGAACUCACUGCAGCAGAGCGAUCAUCCACUUCAAACAACCGAGCAGAACCUUCCCGUGACAGGCCACACCACCCUCCCAGCUGUAGACCAUACUCUCUCCGUGAGCAGUGACUCGGGCAACUCUACUGCAUCCAUCAAGACUGAUCGUACUGAUGAGCACAGCCAGUCCUUGCAGAUUGCUGCAAGCCAUAACAACCCAACGACUCACCCACCGCUCAGCCCACAAGAGAAGAGAGAGCUUGAUCAGCUUUUGAGUGGCCUAGAAGCAUCAACUCAGCAGCAGGCCUACUUGUCCACAUCCACCAGUCCAGGAGGAGGGGUGAGACACCUGGUCCCAGCACAAGUCCACGUCAACGGGGGCCACACCAGGGUUAUUGCAGUACCUUCAACAGAGGAACGCGAAACAGACAUUCUCGACGAAGAGCUGCCGAAUAGCCAAGAGGGCAACAGUGUGGACAGCUUAGGUACACUUUCAUCCCUAGAGGGUCAGGCAACACCAGGUAGCCUCUACUACCAAUCACAAACACCUGUCAGUGUCCAGAACGACGGCCCCUAUCUUGAGAGAAACGCUCUUGAGGAAAAGCUGAGCAAAAUGCCUGUGCAUGGAGUACGAACACCUACAGCGGUACAAGAGAGAGCUGCUGAUUCACCAUCACCCCAGGGGGGAUACAACUACCAAAAUGGAGGAGGGAUGUACCGCUCACAGUCUUUUGGGAACCAGCCAACAGGUAGUCCUGAGACAAACUCCAAGCUAAUGCCCAGGGCCCCAGAGAGGAGCACCAGCAGUCGAGAGGCUGUUCAAAGAGGUCUCAACCACUGGCACCAGCAUAGUCUUCCAGAUGACCCUUUUGGGCCUCCUCUUCAGUCAACCCACAGCCUGCCCCACUUUCCAACCCCGGCCUCACAACGAGACAUUGAGCAGUCCAUCGAGGCACUAAACAUGCUAAUGCUCGAUCUAGACCCAAUCAGCUCUCAUAUGUCUAAGUCCCACAGUGCACCAUCUGGGGAGAACAACCUCAGUUCAUCCCAGGCACCGUUCUCCCAGACCCUGGCCAGGCCUUCUUACCAAGGGGACUCUGCCAUCCAUGGCUACAACAACUCUGGGUCAGUAAAUAACACCAAUCAUCAGCCCCAGCGGUCAAUGGGGAGGGUGCCAACAAUGCCAAACCAAAGUCCAGUUACAGAUUCUCUAGUACACGCUACUCAGAGGUCUAGCACUGGCUAUCAGCACCAGAGCACCACCCCGACACACACUCCUGAGCCCUACCUCCACACACGCCAAUCACCCCACUACUACCCCACUGAUUCUUCUUCUAACCUCAACCAACAAAAGCCAUUGAACUCGUAUGCAGGAGUUUCACACUCCCCAGACCUGCAAGGUCCUUCUUCAUAUACAGGCUACAGCACCUCUUCUUCUCCACUUCCUGUCCUCACGCCACAACCCAAGGACACAUCUUCUUCACCUUUGCCCAGAGAGCAUACAGAUGCAGAGGAGGAGACACUAAACUUGGAAGGCCUGGUUGCACACCGUAUUGCCGAGUACAACGCUCGUAUUCGGGGCAUCAGUGAAAGCAUGACUCCACAACAAUCUGACCGCCAUCGCUCCUAUUCCUUCUCUGGAGUUCGUUCUAGAGGAAUGACCCCGGAGGUGACGCAAGAGACUGGCAGACGCCGGACCACAAGUGAGGGCCAGUACCAGAGCAGCCAUGACAGCAUGUCAACGUCACAUUCGCCAGACUUCACCAACAGUCUGUCCAUCAACCCGGGAGGAAGACCAAAAGAGGGUCUCAUGCACAGUUACCGUGAGGCGUUUGAGGACAGUGAGGCUGCCUGGCUCGCAGACAGCUCCAGCUUUGGAGGAAGUGCUCACUCCACUCCAGGUUUGACGAAGACGCCUCUGUCGGCUUUGGGGUUAAAGCCUCAUCAGCAGGUCGGAUCUGAUAAUCACAGUGUUGGGAACGUAAGGGCACAGUCAUCCAAUGCUCCUCUUUCCUCCUACAGUCCCAUUCACAGCACGGAUGGAAGGAGAACUAGUUCUUCAGAUGGUGCCCCGCACAGAACUGCCUCCCCAGAGGGCUCCCAGGUCGACAUCAUGGGUGUCCACACCAUCCCCGGCAGUCCGAACACCCUCCAUCGCACUGUGGCCACCAACACGCCACCUAGCCCCGCCCUCCAGAGACGCUUAGGACAAGGCAGCCCCUCUCUGGCCAGACACCCGCUUCCAACCAGCGUCCCCUCAAGUCCUCUAAUAGGUCGAAACUCUAAAAUGGCAGUGGCCGGCAUCCCGCCAAGCCCGCUGAUGGGUCGCCGCACAACAUCUAGCGGACGCAGCACGCCCGACGAGCUGGGCGCUGCAAGUCGUCAGGGGAGCGUCCAACCGCCUCCCACGCCUGCCUUCCCCGUGUCCCCACAGCUUCCAGAGAAGAGACAUAUGUCCAGUGGAGAUGCAGAAAGGACAGACAACAAGAACCUGACUCCUGCCAGUGGUGGCAGUACGCCAAACCUGUCUGGCACGCAUCCUCUCCCAGACGUUUCCAAGUCUAUAUAUGAUGGUUAUCCAGACAUUAAGAUGAAUGUGAAGUUUGUCCAGGAUACGUCCAAGUUCUGGUACAAGCCAGAUAUCUCGAGAGAGCAAGCCAUCAAUCUGUUGAAGGACAGGGAGCCUGGUGCGUUCAUCAUCAGGGACAGCCAUUCUUUCCGCGGGGCCUACGGUCUGGCUAUGAAAGUGGCCUGCCCUCCACCAACCAUCCAGCAGAACAAAAAAGUUGGUGACAUAACAAACGAGCUGGUAAGGCACUUCCUGAUUGAGACGAGCUCUAAAGGCGUCCGUUUGAAGGGUUGUCCCAAUGAGCCCUACUUUGGCUGUCUCUCAGCUCUGGUCUACCAACACUCGAUGACUCCACUGGCUCUUCCCUGCAAGCUGAUGAUCCCCACCAAAGCUUGUAAUGUCCUCUACAUCAACUCUGUGGACAUGGAGUCUCUGACGGGGCCUCAGGCCAUUGCAAAGGCAAUUAGUCAGACGUUGGACACCAACCCUCUUCCUGAUGCCACCACUGUCCACUUUAAAGUGUCCACCCAGGGCAUCACACUCACAGACAGCCAGAGAAAGAUUUUCUUCAGGCGACAUUAUCCCAUUAACACGAUAACUUAUUGCGAUGUUGACCCCCAGAACAGAAAAUGGGGCAAAGAAGGCGGUGGCUUAGUGAAGCUUUUUGGAUUUGUUGCGAGGAAACAAGGAAGCACAACAGACAAUGUCAGUCACCUGUUUGCAGAGCUGGACCUGGAUCAACCCGCUGCCGCCAUCACCAGCUUUGUCUCCAGAACGAUGAAGCGGUGAAACGUUGACCGGCAGUUGGCCAUGUUGCGAUCCUCAUUGGCGUCUUUCUUCGCAAGAACUCGAUUACCUCCUUUGUGUUUUUCUUGUUCCCUCUCGGUUUGUUUCUUUUCUCCUUUUCUUUCUUUCUUCCCUCCCCCACUCUGCCUUGUUGGUUUGAUGGAGACGGCGCAAACCGGAGCUCGAGGACGUGUUUCGUGGAGCCGAACAUGAAGGCCGUUGCAGGGAAAAGUAGCUAAAGGAGCAAAGCUAAGUUCAGUCGAGGAACAUGGGAGGUAGCUUCAGGGUUUUUCCCUUGAGUUCGUUGAUUGAUUUACCAAAGGUAAUUGCAAUACAAGUGCAAGAAUGAUGUAGCUAUAAAGCCAUCAUUAUUAUUAUUAUUUCUUCUUUUUAAAAGAUGAAGUGUUGAACAAAAAUAAUUCUUCUUGAACUUGUCUUCAGGAAAAAAAAAAAGUUGGCCUUAAUGGCUUUUAGCAAAACAAUGUCUGAAGACAUUAUGCAUGUUAGCUUGAUCUUUAAGCUCGGUUCUACUUUCCACAAGAGAAAAAAAACACAUUGUGUUGUUGUGAAAUCUUUAGAGGUCGUAUGGGUCUGCUGUGUGUUGGAAAGGGCUCUGCAGUGAAACAACUCAUCUAAACUGUGCAUAGCAGACCUGAAUCAAAAAAAUGAAGGAUAAAAAAAAAAAAGAAUCCCCUCUGUCACUCGAUGUUGGUGCAACGUCUGGACGGUCGGCACAUCUGGAUCAACUCGAACCGCUUUUGGUGGCGCAGCAAAACACACGACGACAGUCCGUCCACGAGAUGGCGCCACAAAUUCAGGCUUGCGCUUGGCCGUCCCAGUCCAAGUGUUCUAUCCUCCACCGCUCCCUGCUCGCAGUAGUUGAUCCAUUGAUAGAUGCUGCCAUUGAAACACACUGGAACGCACCAAGAACCGGACCUAUGCACUGUUCUUUAUGCAUGUUUUUGUCCUUAAAUGCACCUUUUUCCCCUCCACUGAAAACAGACUGAGUGCAUUUACCGAAGAAGAAAAAAACAACCUUUAGAGGGUGGAUGACUUAAAGACUGCAUGAACUAGACAACAUUUUGUACUCUUCUCAGAGUUUUAAAAAAAAGGAGAAAAAAACCUGACAACCCAUUGUUGACGUAGUCACAUAACGGCGAGAUGCUCGAGUUUUUUGUUUCGCUCAACAACAAAAAAAUGUAAAAGUCUAAGGCACCUGUUGGAUUAACCAACUCCACAUAUUUUGAGUUAACCGAACAAGGUGCCUUAUUUCUUUUGUGUGUGUGUGUACUUUUCCUGAUUCGGGUUCUUUCGAGACAGAUUUUGUUUUGUUUCAUGGUGUUCGCGAAAUUUUGCAUUUAGAUACCUUUUAGGAUGAAUUAAAAAACAAGACGCUCACACACACACUGUGCGCCAUGCCUGCUUGUUGAAACACUCCACCGUACACAAUAAGCUAAGGAAAAAUCGACAUUGAUUAUAAAUGUACAUAGAUGAUCUACUUUGAAAGGUGACAUAGCGAAAAAGUAUUUAUUUUUGUUGCUUUGGUCCCUCAUGAUUACUCAUAUAUACAUAUAUUGUACAGUCUAGAUAAACAAACUGGGUUGAGUAAAAAAAAAACUUAUUUUGGCUAAUGAUUUCAAAGUUUGAGGACUUUGAAAUGUGUUUGAAUAUAUGGUGUACAUUACUUUGUACAUGUGUACGUUUGUUUUCGGCUCGUCGUGUUUUUCAGUUUUGCUCUCUCUCAAGCAGAAGAGUCGAAGAAGAGUCCGAGCUGCACGGACGGCCAAAAGCUGAAGCAUCGCAGGCGGUUAGAUUUAACUAUACUUUACUGCAGUAAACAGAUGUUCAUGUACUACACAACAUGAACAGCUGUUUACUUAGAAUUUAUCUUUUUUUUUGCCAAAGAUUCACGUGUAGCAUGUUUUAUUUGUGUUUUUUUUUCCUAACGUAGCAAUUUUAGCUAGCCGGAGUGCACAGAUGCAUUAUGGGAUGUAAAGUUAACUCAUUCAGCUUGCACACAAUACGAAAUAUUUUGAGUUUGUAGAAAAGCGUCCGUGGCCUGCUGUGCGUAGCAUAAACAAAGCUCUUACAACAGCGAGGGGUGACAUCAGUUUCACCCGGGUGUCAGCUCCGGAGGUAAAUAAAUCCCAACUUUUCUCACCGCCGUGCUAAAGCUUCAACAGCUGCAGCUUUGUCCGAUUGCCAAAGGUGUCUUCUACGAGAGUCAGCCAUUUAUUUAUUCUAUUUAUUCUUUUUUUUUUUUUUCCCCUGAGAUGUUUGUUUUAUCGUCACUUUUUCAGUGUCGACAUUUUGAAGAAUGUAUGGUGGCGCUUUGUUGGAACAAGGAGGUACGGAGAACGAAACGUGACUACUGACAUCGUUUGGAGAUGUAAAAAUAAAAUAUGAACCCGAGUCAGAAGUUACCUUGUGUGAUUAAAAAAAAAAACGGAGAUAGAUUUUGCGACCUAUGGAACUUGUAUGUUGUAUGAAUGUAGAAGACAGAAUUUGUUUGCGCUUAUCAUUUACAUUCUAUUGUCAUGGCUUACCUGUUCCUAUGGGGAAAAAAGACAUUAAAGCAAUACCAAUCAGUUA